GCGGCCACCAGCACCGCAAAAAUGAGCAUGAGCAUGGGCGGCAACUGCAAGAUCUCGAUGCUCUGGAACUGGUACACGAUCGACUCCUGCUUCCUCUCCAGCUCGUGGCACGUCACCACCCACGGCAUGUUCGCCGGCUCCUGCAUCGGCGUCAUCCUCCUCGUCAUGGCGCUCGAGUUCUUCCGCCGCUUCGCCAAGGAGUACGAGCGCUACAUCCUGCGCGCGCACCUCGCCGCCCAUCCACCCGCUACCUCCAGCUCCGUCUCCUCGAGCGGUCCCAACGCCAGUACCGCCAAGGCCCCCGGGAUGCGCUCGGCGCUGCUCAACACCGCUGCCCCGCCUAGCUUCCGCCCGAGUCUCAUCCAGCAGGUUAUCCGCGCUGGACUGCACAUGGUGCAGUUCGCCAUUGCUUACUUCGUGAUGCUGCUGGCGAUGUAUUUCAAUGGGUAUAUCAUCAUUUGCAUCUUUAUUGGGGCGUUCCUUGGCUAUUUUGUCUUCAGCUGGGAGACGAUUGAGUUGGGUGGAGAUGGGGUGAAAGAGGAGGUUACUGUGUGCUGUGGUUGA